CAUUUUAAAAUCUCUAAAAAUUUGAGAAAAAAUGUCCUUGCCGCGAGUUUUCUUUGACAUAACCGCUGAUGGGGAGAAACUUGGACGUGUGAUAAUCGAAUUGCGUUCAGACAUAGUUCCAAAGACGGUGGAAAACUUUCGCGCCCUGUGCACUGGAGAAAUGGGUUUCGGCUAUAAGGGCUGUCCAUUUCAUCGGAUUAUACCAAAUUUUAUGUGCCAAGGUGGCGAUUUUACUAAUCAAAAUGGGACUGGGGGCCGCUCCAUCUAUGGCCACAAGUUCCCAGAUGAGAACUUUGAGCUGAAACACUCGGGACCAGGAACCAUAUCAAUGGCAAAUGCUGGACCCAAUACUAAUGGCUCGCAGUUCUUUAUAUGCUUUGGAAAGACCACAUGGCUGAACAACAGGCACGUUGUCUUUGGCAAGGUCAUCGAUGGCAUGGAUAUCAUACGAAAGAUGGAAUCGAUGGGCUCGAAUUCUGGCAAGACAUCUAAGAGGGUUAUUAUCGAGGACUGUGGCGACGUAUAAAGUGAAAUUAUAAAUACACAACGUUUCAAAAGUUAAACUAAAAUAUAAUAUU